AUGUUUAAAUACACAUUAUUAUUAUCAUUUUUAAUUUUUGGUAUUGUAUUAUCAGCCUCAUCUUCUUCAUCUUCCUCAUCUUCAUCAACAUGUAGAGCCAUUACUUUUUCUGGUGCUGGUGAUAGAGGUGCAUGGGAAACAGGUGUUGUUAUGGGUAUAAUGAAUGUAAGACAACCAGAAGAUUAUCGAUGGCAAUUUGUAACAGGUAUUUCAGCAGGUUCAAUUAAUGCAGCAGCAAUGGCAAUGUUUAGUGUUGGUGAUGAAACAAGUGCACGUGACUUUUUACAAAAUCAAUGGUUAACUUUAACAAGAGAGAAUGUUUAUGUAAAUUGGGCAGGUGGUCCACUCGAUGGAAUUUUAUUCCAAACUGGUUUAUUUGAUACAACACCAUUAAUUCAUUUAUUAAAUAAUUUAAUUAAUACUACUAAAUUAGCAAAUUCUGAUAGAGGAUUUUUAAUUGGUGCUUCAAAUAUUGGUACUGGUGUCUUUGAUAGAUUUUAUAAAAAUGAUCCAAAUAUUACAUUGGGUGUAGUUGCAUCUUCAUCUGUUCCUGGUGUUUUCCCAAUGAUUGAAAAAGAUGGUCAAUUUUAUUGUGAUGGUGGUUUAACAGUUAUUCGUUUAUGUUAUGAUACUGGUGCCACUGAAGUUAUUGUUGAUGUAAUUUUAGAAGGUGCAUUAGAACCAAUGGAAAAUGUUACAGGAAUGCAUACAAUUGAUGUCUUAUUAAGAGAAGGUUCAAUUUUAGCAAGAAAUACUCACUUAAAAGAUAUUGAGAAUGUAUACAUGGCUUUCCCACAAGCAAAAUUAAAUAUCUAUACUCCAAAUACCGAAAAAUUACCAGGUUACAUUUUAGGUUUCCAAUAUUCUGCUGAAAUGAUUAAAAUUGGUAUUGUUGAUGGCCAAAAUCCACCAUCCCAAAAUAAUGACAGUAGUAAUUUUUAA